AUGGCCGCAAAGGUCCUGAUAUUUGCUGGAGCGCCAGCCAGUGACAGUCUUGACUGGACAUCAACAUUACUGCUCAACCAUCUCAUCGAACCCAUCGCCCGUUUCGCUGGCCAGUCUUACGAGGCGCCUCCCGGGAAUGACACAACCAUAUCUCUGCUGGAACAUGCAGUAUGGAGAUCCUUGCCACUGAACAGGCGCAAGGCGGCGACGGCCCUAGGGGAUGCCAUACGGCCAAGCUAUGACAAUCCAUGGCAGGCCCCGCGAUACUCGAGCCAAGACGACACCGAUUUCCUCACCACAGGGGACAUAACCCACCAAAACAGCACGGAAACUUCAUUCCGCUCUACCGCCUCGGACCAGAGCGACGGCAGCCAACGGCAGCUGUUCUCGCAAUUUUGCGAAAAGUCGCUGGCGGUGCAUGACGACAUACCCUCCUCUGAACUGGAUGCCGUCUCCUCAGGCCAAGAGCAGUCCUCAUUCCUCACGGACUCGUCUACGUCGUCCUUGUCCGCGCCUCACAGCGGCGAAUUCUCCCCUCGGCCUCCGCUGCAGCCGGCCUUUGCCCCGGGCGCGCAUGUCAGUGACCUGGCCGACCUCCCCUCAGCUGCCCACAUUGAGAGCAUCCACCCACAGACCAUGACGGUCAACCUCAUCGUUGGGGUCAUCUCCAUUGAGCCGGAGCGCCAGGUCCGCACCCGCUGGGGCGGCACGCGCACCUUGGCUGAGGUCGUGGUGGGCGACGAGACCAAGUCGGGUUUCAGCAUUACCUUCUGGUUUGAUCCGGGUGCGGCGGCACCAGCGAUGGCUCGCAAUCCGCUCGAGGACCUUCGCCGCCAGGACGUCAUCAUGCUUCGCAACGCCGCCCUCCACACAUUUAUGCGCAAGGUGCACGGUCAGGGCUUGAGGAGGGCCGUGACCAAGGUGCACCUGCUGCACAGGAGGCGGCUCGAUGUCAACGACGAUGGUGGCUGCUACUCGGCUGCCGAGCUGGCUUCUUGUGCGAGGGAUCCGGCUGCCCAUCCGCAGCUUCAAAAGACGACUCGGGUCAGGGAGUGGGUCACGAGGUUUGUUGGCGGCGGCGGGAACAGGGGCCAAGGUGGGAAGCGCAAGAGAGAAGCGCAAGAACUGCGGGCAUGGGACGUACCGCCUCCGCAUGAUACGCAGUAG